UGUGGCGCUGUGAAGCAGUAACACGGUUCGGGGAAACAUGGCCACCGCCGGAGAUUCGCGAGGAGAGCUUCAGAAGGAACUGGUCUGCUCCAUUUGCCUCGAUUACUUCGACGACCCGGUCAUUUUAAAAUGCGGCCACAAUUUCUGCCGCAUGUGCAUUUUGAUGCACUGGGAGGAAAAUGGAGGCGAUGAUGUGGGUUACCAGUGCCCGGAGUGCAGGAUGGUUUUCGCGAAGAUGAGUUUCACCAAGAACUACCUGGUGAAGAACUUGGUGGAUAAACUGAGCGACUUCGACUAUCUGAAGACAUGUAGGCCAUCUGCACCCGCCAAACCCGUGAAGAUGGACGGGAAAUGUGAGCGACACCACGAGGAGCUGAAACUGUACUGCCACACCGACAGAAAGCCUAUUUGCGUGGUGUGUCGGGAAUCCAGAGCGCACAGGCACCAUGAUGUUGCUCCUGUUCCCGAGGUUGUUGAAGACAUGAAGAGUGAACUCAAGCUAAGACUCAUCAAGCUGAACUGGCAGAAGUCCAUGUGUACUCGAGUAAAGAGCACAGACGAACAGGCCAAAACUGAUGUCAAGCUUAAAAAGCAAGCCCUGAAGGAGAAGAUCGAGGACGACGUUGGAGCCCUGGUGCAGUUUUUGCUGGAUGAGAAGGACGAUCUGUUGGAAAGGCUGGAGGCGGAAGUGGUGGCCACCAUCGGGGUGAUCGAUGCCAAUCUGAAGCGCGUGGAGAGCGAAGCGGCCAAAGUGGACAAAGCCAUCACUGAAAUUCAGAACCAGCUGAGUGACAGCUCUAACUUUGAGACUAUCAGUAAUUCUUACUUAAGUCCAUGUCAUGUCAACCUCAGCGUACAGUCGUCAAACUCUCCUCCAGAUUUCUCUGAGUUCACAGGCCCCUUUCAGCUCAUCAUGUGGAAGAAGAUGAUGCAUGUGUUACACACAAUGCCCCAGAAUCUGACUCUGGAUUUGGACACGGCUCACCCCUCAUUGGCCAUCAGUGACUUUGACACCAAGGUUGAGGAGGGCCGUGUUCGUUCACAAGAACCCGACAUGCCCCAACGCUUUACUCGUUUUUUCGGAGUGCUCGCGACCGCCCAGUACGCCAAUGGUCAGCAUUACUGGGAGGUGGAUGUGCGGGACAAGGGCGUCUGGUAUCUGGGCGUCACCACAGAGUACAGCAACCGCAAAGGCUUCGUAAACCUUUCGCCUUCUGCUGGCUACUGGAGCCUGUGUCUCCAAGACAGACUGUACGCCAACGAGGAGGACUCGCGCGUGCCCGUGGCGGAUUACUGGAACUCUCCUCGAGUCGGCGUCUUCUUGGAUUACGACAGAGGCCAUGUUACUUUCUUUGACGCCGUCACCAUGAAACGCAUUUAUAACUUCGUCACAUACUUUGAUGAGCCCGUCUCACCCUUCUUCAGCCCAGGGAAAAACGACCCAGGCAGCCGACUACAAAUAUGUCAUUUCUACUGAAAAAAAGUGUGUGCGUUUCACAAAAUGAAAAACAAAUGCUCCUGUUGUUACAUUGAAGUAAACAUUUCAGAGCAUUUUCCCUAAUGAAAGUAGGGAGUGAGUUUGUUUUGGAGCUCUGCUGUAUCUUUGGAUUCAGUUGAUCUGGAUUUAUUAGUCGCAUAGAGUUUCGAUACACCAUAAUCUGACGGAGUAAAUCGUUUCUUUUGCUCUUGAAUUAUGAUGUAGCCCUACUGAACUUCAGGUAGAGAGGCAUUGCAGGUUUUUAAGCAAAUGUCGACUUUAGCUGCUCCGUAUUGUCGUUUGUCUUAGACCUCAGUGUUGUCUUUUGUACGUCAGUGUAAAGGUGAAAAUAAGAAAUUACAUCAGGCCAAAAAUGUAUUAAUGCUUGAUAUCAAACAUUUCCAUUUUUAAAUUGCUGUGUAUUCCAUUAUGUGGCAUAUUCGUGAUUAUUUUUCUUUGUUUAUUUUAGUGUUAACAUGAUUUUUGGCACAGUUUUGUCUUUAAAGGUAUGAUUAAGCCAAAAAUAUAACAAAAUGUUGUUCAUUUUCUCAUCCUUUCAAGAUGUAGGUGAAUGUUUUUCUUCAGUAGAACAUUAAAGAAAUAUAUUAGCUGAAAAUGUGGCCUUUGAUGAUUCAUGAAAUUAAGGUUAACAGCGACAAACUGUUUGAGAAAAAAAUAACAACAGGCAGAAAUCUAAUUUAUCCAUGGCUCUUGAGUUUACACUGAUGUUUAAUGAAGCAAAUUUACAUUACAACAACAUUACUGCAUUUAUUAACACUCUAGAAUGCGUUAAUGGCAGUCUGGAGCAUGAGCAUUCUGUAUAGACAUUUCUGUUAAAAUCGCUGACAUCAUGGGUGAGAAAAUUAGCAGCAAAUGUUCAAUUCUUGAACUAUCACUACUUUUGUCAAACAAAAUUAUCCCACAACGUUAUGAUGAUGAUGUUUCAUAAAUCCUCUUUUUUUGUAAACAUAUCAUGCUCAGACUGCAAUAGGUGCUAUGCAACUUGGGAGUAUGUGAGUUUUCCUCAACGUAAUAGGUCAGAUGUGCAGUGAUGCGCAUACUUCUGUUCAUUGAAUUAUAUAGAGAUUAUAAUGUUUUUAUAUUAUAAUAAGUCCAACUUGAGGCAGUGUGCCAUUCAUCAACACAACAGUCAGUAAUGCAUUCUAUUCAAAUGUUUAGCAGUAAAAUUUGUCUCACGGACUGACGAUGCUGGAAAUGUACGGAUUGUUUCCAUUAGUACUGAAAUCAUGAGCAUAUUUCAGCAUCUCGUUAAUGAGCACUCUUUGGAUGCUGUUUGUUUUAUUUACAGAACUGGAUUAUUUCUAGAACCAUGCGAGUCAUUUGUUCGAAAUAUAUUUUGAGUUUACAGCAACAGAUCAAGAAAACACAAGAAUACAUUUCUGGAUCUUCAGAUGUUUUGUACAUAUGCUGUCGUUAACGUGAACAUACUUUGAUUAAGUUUCAUUUAACACUUCUGGUAUUUUAAUCACUCUCUGUUUUCUCAUGAGAAAUGAGUUCAACUUUGACGUGUGUUUUCUUUCAAUCGCUGACGUAAAAAGAAGUGUUACAUCUAGCAUCACCUCUGGAUGGCACCACCAGUUCAUUUGACUUUUGUGUGACUUGUUAACCACUGUAAUACCUGUCAGUUGUUGUUUUUUUCCUUCUUUACGGUAUUAGGCAUUUUAAAAAAUAAACUAUUAUAAAGA